UCAAACUCUCUUUUCGUCCACAUCUUUUGUGCGAGGACGUAGUGUCGCGAAGAAAUUUCGAUAAAUUUCGAUUUGAAGUGCCGUAUAUCGUAAUUCCGUAACCAUGGCGGACACCACCGAUGCCGAGGGCGUUAAGAAGAAGCGCGCGUUCCGUAAAUUCACCUACCGAGGUGUGGAUCUGGACCAGCUUCUGGACAUGAAGCACGAUCUGCUGAUGGAGCUCAUGCAUAGCCGUGCUAAGCGACGUUUCAAGCGCGGUCUGCGUCGUAAGCCGCUGGCUCUGAUCAAGAAGCUCCGCAAGGCCAAGAAGAAUGCUCCCCCGAAUGAGAAGCCCGCAAUCGUGAAAACCCAUCUGCGCAACAUGAUCAUCGUUCCGGAGAUGGUCGGUUCCAUCGUUGGUAUUUACAACGGCAAAACAUUCAACCAGGCGGAAAUCAAACCGGAGAUGAUUGGUCACUACCUUGGAGAGUUUUCGCUUACAUACAAGCCUGUUAAGCACGGUCGGCCCGGUAUCGGUGCUACCCACAGCUCCCGUUUCAUUCCACUGAAGUAAAGGGUAGCUACAAGUUUAUCUUUAAGUAAAAUUCGAGUGAUGCGAAUUUAAAAUACAUACUGAUUACAAACAGAA